AAAAUAGAGGUUCCACUGUCUAUAUAAUGAAAAAUACACAUUCAGUCUUUAUAUUGACUACCUCAAAUGUCUAAGCUCUUAUUGAAGUAGCAACAAUAAUUGAAUAGUCACUAUCUUCUAGUACAAGUAAUUAGAUGUUUCUCUAAGUGUUAAUUUUAUUUCAAAGAUAUUUUAGAUUUUUUUUUAAUUACUGACGAAUUAUUUUAAAGUUUGACCAUGGAGUUAUUAAGUGUCUAUCUGACACUGACAUUUUUUAUAAUAAUUUCAAUCUUUGUGGUAAUUUUUUAUUUUUAUUCUCGCUAUAAAUUAUCAUAUUGGACUCGUCGAGGGAUAGAACAACUGCCGAAUCCACACAUCAUCUUCGGCCAUGUGAAGGAAGCUAUUUUGGCACGUACAGCUCCUGGACUCCAUAUGAGUGAACUUUAUCAUUCAGCGAAACCUGAACUACCUUAUAUUGGUUUUUAUAUGUUUCAUAAACCCUGUCUUUUAAUAAGAGACCCUGAAGUGGCUAAACAGUUAUUCGUGACAGAUUUUGAAAUAUUUAGUGAUCGUCAUUUCGCAGGAUCUUCACAAUUAGAUAGUUUAGGAAUGUUAAAUCUCUUUGGCAUAAAUAAUCCAGCAUGGAAGUUUUUGAGAACCAAAAUUUCUCCAUUGUUAACAAAGGGAAAAUUGAAAGGAAUGUUCCCUUUGAUGUUGGAAACCUCCGAAUCAAUGGUAGAAUAUCUGGAAAAUCAACCAGACGUCAAGAAAGGAAAUAAUGUGAAACAAAUCGACAUUCAAGAUUUGAUAUUCAAACAUACAAUUGAUUCGAUUGCUAAUCUUACACUCGAAACACACAGUAAUUCCUUUCUUAAUCCAGACUCUGACUACACCAAAGAAGCAUUAUGCCUGUUUCAUGGAGCAACUCGGAUGCGAGCUUUGCUUACUGUCUUUUUUAUGCCUGAGAUUGUCAAAUAUUUUGGUUUCCUAGUCUUAUUUAAACUCAAACAUUCUAUGAAAAUCUUUUGGGAAAAAUUCAAUGCUCGAUAUACAGGCCAAACACAACCGCGUAAUGAUUAUCUUGAUGCUCUAGUGAGUUUAAAAAAUUCUGAACCAUCUCCAUUGUAUAAAUUUGAUGGAGAGAAUCUUUUUUCUCUGGCUACGAUGAUUUUCUCUGGUCUAGAAUCAAGUGCCACUGCUGCAUCAUUUACCCUUCUACAACUGGCAAAAAAUCAUGAAAUCCAAAAUCGUGCACGAAAUGAGAUCACAGAAAUCAUCAUGAAACACGGAUGGACCAUGGAAGCCUUUAAUAAAAUGCAAUAUUUAGAGCAGUGUAUUCAUGAAGGAGUUAGAUUAUAUCCUCCAGUUAGCAUCGUUGAUCGAAAAACUGGACAAGAUUAUCAUAUUCCAAACACUGACGAUGUGUUAGAAAAGGGUGUAUCAGUAUUCAUUCCCCUCUACGGCAUGCAUUCAGAUGAGCGAUACUUCCCGGACCAUAAAGUCUAUAACCCGGAACGUUUCGCUGAUGGUCAAAAGCCUCUUGGUUUCAUAGGCUUUGGGAUUGGACCAAGGAUGUGUGUUGGUACAAAGAUGGGACUUCUAUUUAUCAAAUUGGCAAUCUCCAAAAUUUUAAUGAAUUAUCAAAUUUAUCAAAGGUCUGAAUAUUCUAAUGAGUUAGAUAAACGUGGAACGUUAAGUGUGGUCGCUCAUGGUGCUGAAAUUUUCUAUCAACCUAUUUCUCAAAAAUUGGAUGAAAACCAAAAUCUUAUUAAAUAAUUUGAUUUUAUUAUUUUGAUGUACAUGAUUAUUUUGUUUUUAAACAAAUUUUAUUAUACUAUU